AUGAAACGUAGCUAACGACCAUAGCACGUGGCGAGAGAACUGACACAACCGCUUACACGCACGCUGACGGAACUUUUUGUGGAAGAAUUGUCGGCCUUUCUGGGACCUAUCAUGUUUAUACAUAGUCUUGGAAUGUCCAUGCUGCUCUGUGCCUCGGUUUUACUUCUUACGAGUGGACUUGAAGGCAUCAAAUUAGUGGCUGUAGCAUUGUUCGCUUUCUAUGAAAUAGGCGAACUUUUCAUGUACUGCGUGAUGGGUACAGAAAUCCAAACAGUGAGCGUGGAGUGCGGCUUAGAAGCUUACAGCUCCGCUUGGUACGAAGCGCCCAUCUCGUCCAAGCGCUCCUUGCAGAUGCUGCUCUUGCGCGCCCAGAGGCCUGCAGAAAUUCGAGCUGCCGGCUUCACCACACUUUCACUGGAGCUCUUUGCC